AUGGACCGUCAGCACGGCGCAACUUGUGACGGCUGCGACCUUUGGGGCAACGGAAUAACUGGCUGCCGCUACAAGUGCCUGAAGUGCGCCGACUUUGAUUUGUGUAAGAGCUGCUAUGACGCCAAGGUGGUGAGUGGGCGGCACAAGUCGGAGCAUCCAAUGCAGUGCCUGCUGGACGAGGAUGCUAAGAAGCUGUACUUUGCCGGGGAGCCAAUUCCCUAUCUGAACGCCGAUAGCUUCACUUGCCCCAUCUGCGGCACCAUGGGCCAUUCGUACCACGAACUUGUGAAGCAUGUGGUUGCCCAGCACAAAGACGACCGCAGCGACGCCAUCUGUCCACUGUGCGUGGCCUUGCCCAUGGCCCCACCCGACCGCUUGCUCAAAAUUUCGCAGCACUUUCGCCGUCAGCAUCGCGAGUCGUCGAACAUUCGCGAUGCCGUUGCCGAGGAGGAGUCGAGAGCAUCCGACAUGGCCGAUCGCUUCUCCCGUCUCUCUUUAGCAGAGGCUGCGCGCUCCGGACUGCCAAUACGUCAUCUGCUCGUCCGUGUCACUCGGCCAGCCAAUCGCUUGCCCCCCGAUACUAGCAGCGAGGAGGACUAA